GCCGUGGAGGAGGCCAGCGUGGAGUACGGCUCCUCCCGGUACCUGCUGCUGUGCGGCUUGGGCGGGAUGUUGAGCUGCGGGCUGACGCACACGGCCAUCGUGCCCCUGGACCUGGUCAAGUGCCGCAUGCAGGUGGACCCCGGCCGGUACAAGGGCAUCCUGAGCGGCUUCGGCGUGACACUGCGCGACGACGGGCUGCGCGGCCUGGCCCGCGGCUGGGCCCCGACCUUCUUCGGCUACUCUCUGCAGGGCUUCUUCAAGUUCGGCCUUUAUGAAGUCUUCAAGAUCCGCUACGCGGAGCUUCUGGGCCCAGAGAAGGCCUACGCAUGGAGAACCGGCCUGUACCUGGUUGCCUCGGCCAGCGCCGAGUUCUUCGCCGACAUCGCGCUGGCGCCCAUGGAGGCAGUCAAGGUCCGCGUGCAGACGCAGCCAGGCUACGCCAGCACCCUGCGGGCCGCGGCGCCCAGGAUGUACGGCGAGGAGGGCCUGUGGGCCUUCUACAAGGGCGUGGCGCCGCUGUGGCUGCGGCAGAUCCCCUACACCAUGAUGAAGUUCGCCUGCUUCGAGCGCACGGUGGAGGCGCUCUACAAAUAUGCGGUGCCCAAGCCCCAGAGCCAGUGCACCAAGGCCGAGCAGCUGGGCGUCACCUUCGUGGCCGGUUACAUCGCCGGCGUCUUCUGCGCCGUCGUGUCCCAUCCCGCUGACUCGGUGGUGUCCGUGCUGAACAAGGAGAAAGGCAGCACGGCCCUGGGCGUCCUCCGAAGACUGGGGUUCGUGGGCGUGUGGAAAGGCCUUUUUGCGCGCAUCCUCAUGAUCGGCACCCUCACGGCCCUGCAGUGGUUCAUCUACGACCUGGUCAAGGUGUAUCUCAAGCUGCCUCGCCCUCCCGUGGCACAAGCGCCCGAACCCCUGAAGAAGAAAAAGUAGGCAUGGAGUUGCGAGCCGUUGUAGACACAGUGGGUCCAGAUUUCCAUCAAGUAGGGAAUCAGAUGCACAUAGCGCUAGUGUGUAAGAUGUUAACAUUUUGGGGAGAAGUUACUUAAUAUGCAGUCUGAGUUCUCUUUAAAUGACUGAUGGCUUCUUUAUGGCAAUUCCAGAGGAUUGCAAACAUUUCGUUUGGGGGUUUGAACCAUUAUCUUUCGGGAGUUGGCAUGGUUGCUUUAACUCAAUAGCUCUUCAGCAAUUAAAAGGAAAAAAUUCUUAACAGAAAGUAAUGUUAGGUAGUUUAGGGUCUCUAGGUGUUAUCUCCUUUGAUUCGCCCUUUCUGUAGAGAUUAUCCAAGCCUAACUACUGAAUAGCCUACAAAUGAGGUUUUAAGGUCAGCACAACUAUAUGGAUGGGGAACAAAGUGAGAUUCCGGUACAUGGUGUUCAUCUCAAUAGAAAUCCGGCACCUAUUGAAUAGAUGAAGGACUUACCGCGUAUUUCCUGUUCAUGUCCAUUACAGGUAAAAAUUAUUAAAAGUUAAAUUGUGACUUAUACUGCCUGGUAGCUUAGAAUGUAUUCGCUGUUUUCAAAGAGACAUGAGAAGAUCUGCAUUUUCUCCUUUUGCUUUGUCCCUUCUCUUCCUGAUGUUGCUGAUUAGAACAUAGCUCUCUCCAGGAAGUGCUACAAUUGGAUCAAUGUGGAAAGCCAGAAAGAGAUGAAGGGCAGGCCCUGGGAAUAAAUAUGUAAAGAAAAGCCUCUGUUCUCCAAAGAUUUCUUUUGUAUAACUCAGCUUUCAACAGCCAUACAUCCAAAGAAGACCAUACCACCCUGACAUUAAAAAAAAAAAAAAAAAAAAAAGUGAAGAAAAAACCCCAAACCCUGCAAAUUCCAACUACUGUCUGUUGAAUAUUAAAGAAUGGUUUUGGUGACUUUGGAGGGAAAAUCUCUCGUUAAGUAUAGUAAAUGCUCUUCACUUAAUUGGGUAGAUGUUUCAGUGAUAUUUAAAAUGGUUGAGAUUCACAAAAUUUAUUGAAAUUAUAAAGCAUGUUUUUGGGUCUCUGUGACCUUCACAUCUCUGAUUGGGGAAAUUUUACAAGCAGUGAAAUUCUGUGGGUUAGAGAUGUUUGUAAAAUGUGUAUUAAGAAACAAAGUUCAAUAAGGCAUUUGAUAUAACUUAGCAAAAUGUAACAUGAUUGCCUUAAAAACUUAUUUAGGCUACAAACUUAGAAUAUGUUAAUGUUUAAACUUUGUAAUAGUAAACUGUUUCACAGUUAACAGAAGUUUAAAAGUGUGUAGAUUUAAGUAUGUCUGAACUGUCUUGGUUGAAUAAUAAAGAGAU